CAAAUUACUACAAAUCUAGAAAACUGGUGGCUUCUGCUUCUCAUUCUCAAAAUGAUCGAUCAUAUACUUCUUCUUCAAAAAUCAUCGGAAAUCCAAAAAUGGGUGCCACUUCCUCUGUCUAUGACAAUUCAUCAGUUCAUGAUUUCACAGUCAAGGAUAGCAGUGGAAAGGACGUGGAUCUUAGCAUCUACGAUGGGAAAGUUCUGCUUAUUGUCAAUGUUGCUUCCAAAUGCGCAUUAACCAAUUCGAAUUACACCCAACUUACCGAGCUGUACAGGAAAUACAAGGAUAAAGGUUUUGUGAUAUUGGCAUUCCCUUGCAAUCAGUUCUUGAAGCAAGAACCAGGGCCGAUAGAAGCCACGGUCCAGUUUGUCUGUGAGAGGUUCAGUGCUGAAUACCCAAUUUUUGGAAAAGUAAAAGUGAAUGGCACUGAAGCAGCACCAUUAUUCAAGUAUUUGAAAGCAAAUGGAGGUGGUGGAUAUAUGGGCACAACCAUCAAAUGGAACUUCACAAAGUUUCUGAUUAGUAAGAAAGGCAAAGUAAUACGUCGAGUUGGCCCAAGGACUGAACCAUCCAGCCUUGAGGAUGACAUCCAGAAAGCAUUAGAAGAGAACCCUAAUGAAAACUCGGUGUGAUAUGAGUUUUCACCCUCUGUUAUCUUAGAAAUUAGACCAUGUGUCAUUCUUCUUUUAAAUUUGUCAUAUCAUCUUUUGUAAUUAUCUCUUCAUCAAUGCAAUAUCAACUCUUCUUCAAAAGGGAUCUCCACUACCAUAUCAACAAUUGUUUUAUAUUUGUCAUAUCAUCAUUUGUAAUUAUCUCUUCAUCAAUGCAAUAUUAACUCUUCUUCAAAAGGGAUCUCCACUACCAUAUCAACAAUUGUUUUAUAUUUGUCAUAUCAUCUUUUGUAAUUAUCUCUUCAUCAAU